UUUUUUUUUCAUAUGCGCUAAGUUAUUCUUUUUCACGUGAUAAAAUAUUGGUGAAUCUUUUUAUUCUUAGAAUAAUCAUACUGACUUUUUUAUUAUUUGAGAUACAAAUGAUAUAUGCGACAUUUCCUAUCUCCGUAGUUCAUCGUUCCAGGAAACAGAAAUCAGGCUGAUCAAAAGAGACACGCUUAUCAUCGAGGUAGGUUUAAUUAAUUUCGAGUUGAUUAGGGAACGUUUUGGGUUCGUUAAUAUAUUUGGGUCAUUAGAUAACGCUUUCGAAACGGUAGUGAUGAAGCUACGCCUUUGAAACGGAUGAAUGAUGCUGAUUAUGCGUUGAAAAUAAAAGAAGAGAAAAAAAUAGAAGAGGAUCGACAUCGUCUGUCAGCGAUACGCGAUGCUUUUUGUGUUACGAUGACAGGAUAUUAGAGUUCCAAUUACGUUCUCGACGGAUGAUAAAAACUGGGGAUAUAUAAUGAGGGAUGUAUAGAUUGUAUUCUUGAAAUGCAUUGAGGGUGAAAAUAAAUUGAUAUUAAAAUGGCGUAUAGUUAUAAUAUCGAAGAGGUACCACCAGAUGACAUUCCCUGCAUCGAUCAUGAUAUAAGAAGAGCUAAAAAGUAUCUGCAGAAACAUAGUCCAGAGUCAGGUGAUAGUCUUUACGAUCACUUGACGGAAGUGUUAGCUAAGAUACUCGCUGAGAGACCAAGGAAUGUGGUGGAUAUUUUCGAAGAAAUCAGCAGGAAAGUGAAGGAAGAGAGGUUUAAAACUGAAGAUAAUCAUCUUCGGGAUUUAUACGUACCACCCGUGCAGUAUAAAGAAGCCAAGAACCUCAUAAAGCUGUUCAAAGAUGUGCAAGGUAUGGAUGCAGGUGAACAAGAGAGGCAGGGUGAAGAAGAGGAAGAAGGAGAAGAAGACAAGAGAAAAAAGAAGCCAAAUAUGUUGGAUCUUCUAUAUUAUUUUGAACAAACCAAUGUGGGAUUACCUCGUAGCGAGAUGGUGGUGCUUAAUUUAUCUAUUAGAAAACUUAUGAGCGAAGCUCCUAUAGAAAACGUCAGAUUUUGGGGAAAAAUCCUUGGAAACCCAAAAAAUUAUUACGUAGUGGAGGCAGAUCUGCAACCGGAAGAAUUGAAUAGCAGACUACAGAAAAUAGCAGAAGAGGAAGAACAGAAACGGCAGGAAGAGGAAGCUAAAGCGGAAGAAGCGAGGAAAGUUGCAGAAGAAACUACUGAAACUGUAGAAAAAGAAGCAGAGGGAGAUGCUGAAGAAGCUGAAGCAACAGACGAAAAAGAGGAGGGAUUAAAGCUUGUCUUUCCACCCCUGCCUACUCAUUCGUGGAAACCGCCACCGGAAGUACCUUCAGAGAGAAUAGGAAGUGGAGUGAAUACUAAAGUGUAUUUUGUAUGCAACGAACCAGGUUUGGACAAGUGGAUCGAACUUCCACCAGUUACUCCCCAGCAGAUAGUAAUUGCACGACAGGUUGUUCGCUAUUGCACCGGAAAUUUAGAUACACCGUUUUACACUUUCCCACCUUUUCCGGGAAAGGAAAAAAAUUAUCUCCGCGCUCAAAUAGCCAGGAUUAGCGCAGCUACGUUGGUUUCGCCGAUUGGCUUCUACACCUUUGGCGGAGAAGACGAAGAGGAGGAACUGGGAGAGGAAGUUGCAGAAACAGGAGCACUAUCUGAGAAUGUGCACUACGAUCCUCGACCUAUUAAGGACUUGAUCGACCCCUCUAUGUCAAACUGGUGUCACCAUGCUCCUUAUAUUUUAAAACAAGGUCGGAUUGUUUGGUGGGAUCCCCGAAGAGACGAUGAUCAGGGAGAGGAAGAGGAAUUAGACGAAGAAGAAGAAAGGGAAGAAGAAGAGGGGUUGGGCGGAGUUAAAAAAGAGGUUGGACCACCCCUUUUAACUCCCUUGUCAGAGGAUGCUGUUGUAGAUACAAUAACACCUUGGACAGGAACGCAGUCUUCUCGAAUACUGCCAGACCUUGCUGUCGCGUUAAUUCGAUCGAACAUUUGGCCGGGAGCGUUCGCGUUCGCCUCUGGAAGGCGUGUCGCUAACUUGUACAUCGGAUGGGCUCAGAAAUACACCGCUUACAACUAUAGCCCACCAUGGAUGCCACCUGUCCAGGAUCAGUACAAAGUUGGUCCUGAGAUUAUGGAGAUUAAGGAUCCCACCUUCGAGGAGGAGGAGGCCUAUCGAAUUUCAAAAUUGCCACCACCACCACCUCCUUUACCAAUGGGUGAAGAAGAAGAAGAGGCAUUGGACGAGGAAGAAGAGGAGGAGGAGGAUGAAGAUGAAUGAUUCAAGUAAUUGCAUUACUGAUGUAGUAAUAAUUCAAAACUGGUGGUGGAACAGAUUUACAUAUAUAUUUUCAGAGAGUAACUUUAAGCACAGACAAAAACAAAGGAUAAACUAAUUAUUUCAUGAGAGUCUAAAGUUUGGGGAGGCUACUGUGGCCCUCAUGUUCCGGAGGAUUACUUUCCUCAUCAGAAUUUUAUAACUACUGAAUUUAUAUAGUACUAAGAGAAGACACUAUGGUAUUGUAAAAUAAUGAAUUUAAUAAGCUAAAUAUUUCUUAAAAGGUAUAUAUUUUAAUACGUUUUUAAUUGUAUAUCAAGGCGCGAUUUUGAAAAUGGUACCACUAGUGCUAUCCUAUGGUGAGUGGUGAAACUAACGAAACUGAGAAUUGUAUUUUUUGAGAAAUAAGAGACUUUUGAGUCUCAUUGACAUUUAUAAAAUGUUUUACAAUGAUGCAUAAUGAAUUAGAAGGAUAUAUUAUGUAUUUGCAUUUAUUCUCAUUAUGAAUUAUGAAGUUGAUACUUUGUUCUGCAGAUUGCUGAAAGAUGUCACUGGAGGUACUAUUCUCAAACCGCGCGAGAGAUAAAAUAUUUUAUAUUGUGCCUAUGGCAGUCUAUGGUACAGGAUAUUUCUAUAGUUUAUCACGUGUAUUUUUAUUUGUGAAAGCCAUAACUUUCAGUUAAAUAAGUUUAAUAUGUGUCGAGGCCGAACUUCAAAUUCCGCAUCGGUAAAACAGCCCAUGUUUGAUCGAAAAUUAAGCUGAACAGAAACUGAUUGAAGCGCCACCUCAGUUAUUGCAUCCAACUAACGGCAUACUAUACUACGUCACCUUUCACAUACACCUAAAUGACAUGUGUAUGCUACGAUAGCUAUAUGUAUAAGUACACAAUUAAACAAUACUGACCAUGCA